CUCCCAGAGAGAACCGAACCGGAUCUCCUGCUUUGCUGGUAUUCUCCGGACCAGCCUCUUCUCACCACUAUUGGACAUUUUGUUUCGAGCUGUGUUUAUCUUCCUUUUCCUGUUCCAACUAAUCUGGAACCCCAUUUACUGUGCAUUAUCCUAUCCGUUUUCUUCAACUGUUUCCAUAACCAGUUAUCCCAAUAGGUGUUCUGGUUUUCCUUAAUUCAUAAACCUGGUCUACAGGUGACCAGAGUUUACUUUCUCUCUUUUCUUUACAAACCUGGGUAUUGGCAACCAGUGUUUACUGUCUCUCUUCUGACCAUUGUUUCCACUAGAAAUUCUUCAACAUUGUUUCUGGCAUUCAAGUUUUUCACAAAUGGUUUCUGGAAUUCAAGUUUUCACAAAUGGUUUCAUGGCACUAGUCUCUUUUGAGACCCCCUGUUUUUAUGGCUCUAGUCUCUUUUGAGACUCCCUGUUUUCAUGGCACUAGUCUCUUUUGAGACUCCCUGAUUUCAUUGCAAAAAAAUAUCAAUAUCAAGUGAACAAGUGCUUGAUUGGGGUUUUCAUAUUACCCUGCAACUUUGUAAACUGUUCGAGACCCGAGAGAUUCCUGCUCCACUUCUUUGGCUGAGGUACUGUAUGCUGUGGAUUUACCAAAGGUUUGUUGUUCCUGCUGAAAUAAAAGCACAUUGAAAUAAAAGGAGACAAGUGUGUCUGUUUACUCUUUGACCUGAUCAGAAUCAGUCUACCCCAGACAUAUAAGUCAUUCCAUUGAUCAGAAUCUCAGAAUUUGACAGUUUCAUCAAUCUACUGGUUAUUUUGCUAGUUUUUUAUAAGAUAUUUCUGUGUAAUAAUUUCUUUAAAUGUUAAUUCUUUAAAGAAACGUAAUAUACCGAAUUGUGACUUUCUGACAGCUGUAGAAGCCAGUUAAAGCUAGGUUUCCUGUAAAAUUUAAUACUAAAACUAUUCACUGUCAGCUUGUGGUUUUUUCCCCAUUAUUUUAGAGCAGAGUGUAUACAUUGGUUAACUAAGAAAAAAAAUAGAUAUUGGUCAAGUCUUGAUAUUGCAUCAAAGGAUAUCUGAGGCAAGUUUAAAAUUCCAAGUUUGUGUAUUUUAUAAGCUCAGCAGUUCUAGGGUAACAAUCUGACCAGAAGUGGACUCCAGCUACCAGAAGCAUCUCCUGCUGCGUUCCUGAUCUGCAUCAGAACAUUUGAAGUAGUGUUUUCUGCCUAUAGUAAUAUAUUUUUGUGUGAAAGUAAAGGCUAACUGUAAAUCAGGACAAGUGGCUACAUAUUUUGGUUAUUCACCAUCUUUGGUAUUGGGUUCAUUUGUUUUCAGCACAUUUCUGGAUAAGUUUCUUUUUUAAUACAAGCUAUAGUUCAGUAAUAUUAAAAUAUAAAAAUCUGGUUUUGCAUUUGUAAAAAGUUUUUUUUUUUAAAGUUUUUUAAGGUUUUACGGACUGGUAACUACAAAGAUUUAAUAUUGUAAGAGUGGUGAACUUAACAUUUCGUUGGAGAGAUUUUUUCAGACUGUUCUUUAAAGUAGGUCUGACAUCAGUUCUACAGUGUUGAUAGUUUAUUCUGACCUAAAAGAUACUGAUAUUUUAAAACUGUAGUUAAAAGUGAUUGUAUAGUGUGUUGGUGUAUUAAAACAUUUACAGGUAAGCGUUGAGGUUUUGACAGUAACAAUGCCUCGAAAGAAUCAGCGCUCUCAGGCUCAGAAGUUCAGAAGGCAGAAAGAGAGUCAAAGUAAACAAACAGAAAAUAGCAGCUCUCAGGACAACCUGGUGUUUGAGAAGGUAUCGUGUGCCGAUGUAAAUGGAGGACCUCACAGUGAUGUAGAGUGUUCAGCUGGACAGCAGGUAAACUGCAGUGAUGUAGCACCUUCUGAUGAGAGCAUUGUCACAAAAGCUUUACAGAAUGAUGCACAACAGGUUAAGCGGAAGGUUUCACAGGUGUCUUAUGCUGACGUGGUGAAGAAAGCGCGUGUUGUUGCUGGACCGUCUCAUGAACAUCAAGUAAAUGUACCUCAGCCGUCAGAAACGCAUGUCUGUGCCUCACGCAGUCAGGCUUCAUUCAAAUAUGGGAAAUCCAGGAACAGGCAGUGUGUUGCAAACAGUUUGGUAUUUCUAGCAUUUCUCCAUGAGAAUGAAAACAUUGGCAGACCAGAUCUAGACCUAGUUUUGGAUAAAGGGGAUGUUGUGUACAGACAAGCCCAACAAAAGUUUCCUAAGAGCAUCCACCUGGCAACCGAUGAACUCCCACAUGAAGUUAUUGCACGCCGUUCAAAGUAUCAGGUGGACUUGACGGAGGCUCCUGUGUGUGGAAGCUUUGGAGGUGGAGCACGUUAUCAGAGUCUGGAACAAGCAUUGCGCCGUUUGUCAUCAGGUAUACAUUAUGGGCUGCUGAUCAUGUCAGCGUUAUGCAUUGCAGUUUUCAAAAGCAGGUCUGGUCAGUAUGGAUUCUUUGACCCACACUCAAGAAGCAAAUAUGGAACACAGAUAGCAUCUGGUUUGUUGGACCAUGGUACUGCUGUGAUGCUCAAAUUUAACUGUUUGAGUGACAUGAUUGAGAGAAUCAAGUUAUGCUUCACAUCGUUAGGCGUUCAGUCAUCUUGUUUAUAUGAACUCCAGCCCCUGUCAUUUAACACAGAGGAUCCACACAACAGGAGAGAUGUUUCAGACACGACUACUACUUCUGCUCUGUCAGAUGACGCUAUUAAUGAGUCCGCCCUACAGACAGCUGGCCUUCAGUCUAAGAAUGUUAUACCAGAGAUGUUGGUGGAUACAGAUGUGGUUCAACAGGAGGUUGAAUCUACACACCCAACACAUAAUUUCCCUGCAUGUGAGUCCAACUCUCUAAUUGAAGUCCUGAAUCCUGGUGUAAGUGAUAUUUCAGAUGAUGCAGCCCAAGGUGUAUCUAAUGAGGUCAGUUGCAUGUUAACUGUGACAGAAGAAAAUGUGUCUGUCUUUCAUUCCAGUGUUGUGCAAAAAACAGGUGUACUUCCGGGAAUUUCUUUUAAACUCUCAAAGUACUGUAAAAAGGAAAGAUAUAGGGCAAAGAGGAGACUGAUUGGAACACAGAAAUCAAAAUGGAAAGAGAAUCAGAAACUGAAAGAAAGACAGAAGUACAAAAAGGUUGCUGAGUUUAGAGAGAGAAAGAGAUCAUAUAUACAAAAUUUGUACAGGAAUGAUCCAAGGUUUCAGCAAAGGCAAAAGGAUUACAUCCGUAACUUAUACAGAAAUGAUGCAAGGUUUCAGCAAAGGCAAAAGGAUUACAUCCGUACUCAAUACAGAAAUGAUGCAAGGUUUCAGCAAAGGCAAAAGGAUUACAUCCGUACUCAAUACAGAAAUGAUGCAAGGUUUCAGCAAAGGCAAAAGGAUUACAUCCGUACUCAAUACAGAAAUGAUGCAAGGUUUCAGCAAAGGCAAAAGGAUUACAUCCGUACUCAAUACAGAAAUGAUCCGAGGUUUCAGCAAAGGCAAAAGGAUUACAUCCGUACUCAGUACAGGAACGACCCAAGAUUCAGACAGAGACAAAGAUCUUAUAUGACUGAGCGUUAUGCAAAAAACAAAGAAUUUAGAUUCCGCAACAAGAAUCUGAUGAGACAGCUGAUGAGAAACAG